AUGGAACCCCCAAAGCUCAGUCACUUGCCAAAGAACUCGCACAAGAAAGCCCGGUUUGAUUUCGGCGCGGACCUGCUCCUGGGCAUGGACCUCAACAACGAUGUUGAUAUCCAUGUGGGUAGGCCGGGCACCAUGUGCUACGGGACCCUCUACCCUGUCUCAUGGGGGCUACGGAGAGACGGUGGUCGAGAGGGUUGGGGGAGAGGAAGAAGGGAAGAAGAAGGGAAGAGGAAGAAAGGUGGGAGGGGUCCUUAUAUACCCUCAACAACACGUACCUUCCUAGAAUGGGCAGUUGCCUACUUUCCUAAUCUGUCCAUCUUGUGA